AUAUUUCACAAGCCAGCAUUGACAUAACUGACGUCUUUCUUCUUCCGGCGAAAUUUAGGGUUUUACAAGAGCAUCUGCUAUCUGCUCGUGAUUUUAUGCAUUACAUCUACUUUUGAGAAGAUCAUCGACGCAUUCCUAAAUCUCCACGAUGGGAAAGACGAGCUCGAAAAAGGAUGAAUCCAAGCAUGCUGAUCGGAAAUUUGAGAAGAAACUUGAGUUUUAUGCAAAGGUUAGAGAUACAGUUGCUUUAGGUGCUCAAAAGACGAUCAAGAAGAAGAAACUUAGACCCAGAGAAAAGAAACUGAAAGCAUACAAUCUCUCUUCCCUGGCAGAAUUCUUACCUGAUAUAGAGCCUUCAAAGCAACCAACAACUUCUGAUUUCAAAGUCACAAGUAAAUCAAGGCAAAAACUUGUAAUGAAAGAGGCGAAUCAAUUGAAAACAGUUCUGAAUGAUCCUGUUUUCAAAGCUGACCCAUUGGCAGCCUUACACCAACAUUUACAAAGCACACAGCCUGUAAUUGAGAAACCUGCAAGAAAGAGUGAAAAUGGAAAGAAAGGAAGGAAGAAGAUGAAGAAGAAGAAGAAGAAGAAAGGGUCUAAAGCUCAAUCUAUGGAAGAAUGAUCUAAUUCUUUUUCCCAUUUUUGUUUGUGUUUUUGUUUGUUUUUGCCGUAUGAUUAUGAAGUAGACAUUGGAUUAAAGAAGCAAAAUCUAUUUCAAUGUCACGUAAAUAUUGGAAAAUGUUAAACAAUUAGUAUCAAGGUUAAGAUUUUAAUA